UCAGCGAUAGUCAGCAACACACUGUGGUGGCACAUUAGCUGGGCGGUGCGCAUAGCGGGAGAAAGCAACACUGUAUUUCAUCCAACAACAAAAAAAACGAUCAAGAAAGGGGGGUGCAUCCCACCAUUUCCAGAGUUACAACAACUUCACCGGCCUGGUGUGGCUGAUCUCUCCGACUGGCCGUGUCUGCAGACAGGGAGAACUGGGAACUUAAGGAACUAAAACGGACGGUGCCAGCAGAUUAUCUGUUAGGUGCUGUGUCAAUUGCAGACGGAAGAACAAGGCGACAUUUCCCCCGGAGGAACUCUUCCAAGUGUUGGAAACUUCCCAGCGCAGCAUCGAUCGAGGACCUCCCGCCCACUUUACCUCUGAUCCACAAUCCUGGAAGGAGGGAGAGAGUCCUGCAGUCGCUGCGGUGGAUGGAGCAACAAAGGCUACAUGGUUAAACUCGAAUAGCUGCUUUGAUAAGAACCCAACUCUGCUUCUCUCCUCGCGUGCUGUUUCCUAAAAGACUCCAUCACCUAAACGGCAAAUCUGUAGCCGCAAUUGGAUCUCAUUUUGGGGACCUGGCCAGGUUCUACUUAGUGCAAACUCUCCCUGCCAGCCAGAGGAAUCGCUGUAGACGUGAAAUUGAUGCUUUGGUACGGAGAAGGGCAACACCGAUCCUCUAGUUUUGCGAAAGUCUCCUACUGCUCAGUGAGGGAGGUAGACUAGUUCGAGCAGAAGUGGGAUUUGCAGAAGUUGCAUGCUUGGUCUUUGUCGUCUCGAGUGAGCCCCGUUCAUCCACUCUCAGCUUAUCAGACGAGAUCCGGAUAGUUGAGGUGCCAUGGCGAUGUGUGUGGGGAUGUGGAUACUCCUGCUAGCGCUGCACGUCCAAGCUGGCAACGGGCAGAUGGUGCAGAUGGACUCCAGUAAGUCUGGCUUUGUGGGAUCACAAGUGGAACUGCGCUGCAUUUUCAUCAACAGUAACCCGCCUGUCAAGAUCUCUCAAGUCACCUGGCAGAAGCUCCUCAACGGCACCAAACAGAACGUGGCCAUAGCCAACCCAGCCCUCGGCGUGUCCGUUCUGCCACCCUUUAAGGAGCGGGUCAGCUUCAAGCAGGCGGCGGUUCGCCAUCGCACGCCCUCGCUGGAGGACACCACCAUCGUGUUCUCCAGCCUGCAGCUCUCUGAUGAAGCUGCCUACAUCUGCGAGUAUACCACGUUUCCUGCGGGAAACCGGGAGAACAUGGUCAACCUCACUGUAUUUGCUCGGCCUAUGACACGUAUGACCCUGACGACGCCCACGAUUGUGGCCAGGUCCUCAAAACGCAAGAUGACUGUUGCCACUUGUGUGUCAGCCAAUGGGAAGCCCCCAAGUGUGAUCAAAUGGGACACCAGGUUGAAGGGCGAAGCCACUUUCCAGGAGACUCGCAACCAAAACGGGACGGUGACGGUACGAAGCAACUACGUGGUGGUGCCGAGCCGCGAGACCCACAAACAGAAGCUGACGUGUAUCGUGACAUACCGGAACGAAAGGAUCACAGACAGCGUGGUGCUCAACGUGCAGUACGAACCUGAAGUGAAGAUCGAGGGCUUUGAUGGAAACUGGUACCUGAACCGUCAGAAUGUUCAGCUGACCUGCAGGGCUGACGCUAACCCCCCUGUCACCAUCUACCAGUGGAAACUCUUGAACGGCUCCCUGCCCAGUAAUGUGGAGAUCAAGAACAACACCCUGUUCUUCAAGGGACCAGUUUCCUACGACCUGGCCGGCACCUACAUCUGCGACGCGACCAAUGGCAUCGGGACUCGCACUGGCAUCGUGGACGUCAACAUCACAGAGAAGCCAAUGCCGCAGGGUCCCCCAGGUGGUGUUAUCGGGAUCCUUGGAGGUGUCGUUGCCAUUGGACUCAUCAUCGGCGUGGCUGUAACUGUUUUCAUGGUCCAUCGGCGGCAGCAGAAGACCCGCACUGAGACAGAUAAUGACCUGACCGACCUCCCACCCGCCCACAAACCAGCCCCUCCUCCGCCCAAAAAGAAGAACAGUGACAUGAAGGGACACUUGACAUCCGAUGACAUCCAGGUGGUUCAUCUCGACAAGGAUGAAGAAAUGCAGAAGCUUCCACUUCAGCCUCCUUAUUACGACAUGGCGCCCUCUGAGUCGACCCCCUUCACUGAUAAACUGGACUCUGGGAGGCGUCCAGAAGAGCUGUUGAACCCGGCUGAAUACAUGAGCUACCAGCGUGUCUGCAACAUGGAACCCUUCCCUGAGUCUCAGUCCGCUCCGGCCUGUCCUCCUGUUACUUUCUUGCCUCAGCACCCCUAUGCGCAGCAACCACCCAACGAGCCCACGUACUCCAACACGAGCUUCCCCGCACCCGGCCCUCGAGCUCCGUUCACGUUCCCCAAGGAGCAAUCCGUGUGACAUGUCAAGUAACUCUUGGCUCUGCAAGAGGCAACAUGAUAGUGCCACAAACGCUUCAUGGAAAACAAAGCUCUGCUGAACGGAUGUGCAUCCAUUCCCACCUUGCUUCUGUUUGUUCUAUAGGCUUAAAAUAGAGGCCCCCUCUCCCCCUCCCCUCCCCCUCCCUCCCCCACUGAGCCAUGAUGAAAAGAACUUGUGACCCUGAAUCCCCUGUGUAUUGUGCACUGCUUGCUCCACUGAGGCUGUCUGUAGGACCCCGCUCACCUUGUGAUAUUAGCGUAGCCGACACAACUACCCUCGUCCACCACCCCUCACCCCUCACGAGUGCCCACUUAUCCAGUCUGUCUUUUGAUUGCUUCCUCCCCUUUUGAAUAUUUUUGCAUUUUUGCCAACCGUCUAAACCGUGUACAGGAUAUGCCAUUGUGUCACUCAAGAUGUUAAUUUUUUUCUUCUUUUAUUAUUAUUUUUUUUUUUACAUUUCCCACAGUGGUAGUGACCUUUUCUAGCAAUGUGCUUCUUUUGUUUGUUUUCUCUUUGUCUGUCAAUCAUAUGCUUGCUUCGUUGAAAGUGAUAUACUGUACUGUAUGUGUGUUUGGGUGUAUUCUGGUAAAAAAGAAAUUAAUGCAAUUUGAUUUGUAAAGCUAAUUAUCAAUCUAUAAUGACAUGGACUACCCCUUUAAUGACAGUUAGCGUCAGGGUUAUUACGUGAAGAUGUGAAUUGGCAGUCUCUAAACUGAAUCCUUCAUUACUUUUCAUAAUGGCUUCGCUGUUAGGGAGUUUGACUGGAUAUUUCGGAAUAUUAGAAGCAAAUCCUCAUUAGCUACAAAAAAAACUAAACAAAAGGCUUGAGAUCCAACAGUAUCUACUUUUUUCUAUUUCUCCAUGUUUUAUUAUCCAUCCUUCCAGGAUAUUAUUAUUGUUAUUAUUAUUAUUAUGAAUAUUAUUAUUUUAUGAAUAUUAUUAUCUGACAGUAGUUGCCAAAGACAUAUAGUUUCAUUUAGGUUUUUUGUCCAUUUGCUUUCAUGCCAGAGUUUACAUUAAAACUAGCUUGUUUGAUGGGAAAUAAUUGAUUGGCAAUGUGCUACACUUUCCCAGUUUACAUCAUCACUUGCCAUAUGCUGUAUUUUCCAUAUCUGUAUGUGAAAACUUGAGUUGCUCAUGGAGGUUGGUCUGAGGUCCAUUGCAUUGUGGGUCCUUUGUGUUUGUGCGGAGUUAUCAACCUACAGGAGUCGUUCUUUAUGCAGGUGCAAUAGGUGAAGACAAUCACAUACUUGGGUUGUCCUGGAAAAAAGAAACGGUACAAAUAGUUCUACUCAUACCGAAAGGGAACACUUUUUCAAGGACAGCCCACAUGUUUAACAUAUUUAAAUAUCUUUUUGAAUUUGAUUUGUACUAAUAUAGCCUAAAGAGUUUCAAAUCAGUCUAAGAAACACUGAAGAGAAAAGCUUGCUACUGUAUUUUUUUAUAGAAUGCUUAGUUAUAUACGAUAGCACUGAGUCCAUUUUACACUGUGACUGUUCAUUUCAAACCAUACAUAAGCUAAUGUGCUUGAUGAGCCAAUUUCAGGAUACUGCCUCAUACACACGGGCCCUCUAGACACAGCAGAUUUGCAUAAACAAAGUUCACAUUUUUUGCCAUGUCAGAUGUAUGUUUAGAAAAAAAAAUAAAGAAAAGAAAAUACUUGUGUUUGUGCUCAAUGUGGAAAAAAUAAUCCUUGAGUUGUUGAAGGUAAUUUAGUGUUUACUCAUAUGGUGGUUAAUUGGAUAGAGUAAAACUUGUGAGACUUUCUUCUGUGCUCACCUUGUUGUCUUGCAAUGGCUCGAUAUGUGUGCUAGCAUUUAGUUUAAGCAGCGGCCUCUGGUUCAAACCGCUGAAGGAGUUUGAUAUUGCUGUACCUGCUGUGUGAAAAAACACUGAAACACUACUUUGUCUUUUUGUGACACAUUUACUAUUCACAAAAUCCUUCCUUUUCAUUAUAAGUAUUAUUAUUAUAUUAUGUGUAAAUGCUACUACUUGGUGCAAAGUAUGUUUAAAUGGCAUUUACAUGUAUUCAUUUUCACUGUCAAAUCCUUGUUUUCAGUCACAUUUGAUUAUUUUGAAUGUCCUGAAGAUAAUUGCCAUGUUUGUUUUCACCCUCGUUGUUUUGUGUUUUGUAAGACUGUAACAUUUAGUUUUUAUUUUUUUAAACAUAUAUAUAGACCUACAGCACAUUUCUUUAUUAUUAUUAUUGUACAUUUGUGGAAGGAUGAAACCUGAAUAAGUAUUAGGGUUAUGAGCUAUUCUUGUUGCUAAAUAAUGAAACGAUGUGAAACAAUUUAACCUGUUUUUUUUUUUUAUUUGAGUUAUGUUUGAUGUAAAUAUUAACAAUGUAUCUGAUGUGUGAAAAAACAAACAAGUCAUGCAGUUUAACAUUAAACUUCACAA